UGCACCACUUCCUCCACAGUUUGCUGUUCCCUUAGCCUAAAACUAAAUAUACGACACUGUGGAGCAGCCUGGUCGGACUGGGAGGAGUCUGAAGUCGCCUUCGCGUUUUAAUUGGCUGCAGGCUACAGUGAGAAGCGUGAGUAUCAGUAAUUAUUCAGCAAUGUUUUGCACAAGAAAUGUCAGCCAGAAAGGGCUAUCUUCAUCCUCCGUCAAAUUAUACCACAAAGAUGACAUGCCCCAACAACCAAGCUGGAAACUCGUUUUUCGUGGACUCUCUAAUCAACGUGAGAACCGACAGCGGUGCGUAUUACCAAAGUAACGGGGUGUACUUGCCACCGGCGUCGGAAUAUACCUAUGGACUCUCCGGUGGCUCUUGUUUCCCGGGGAUCGGUAAGCGCAACGAGCCAAGCACCCAGAGCGUGAUCCCGUCUUCUGCUCCGUAUGUUCAAGGGAUGGAAACGUGGCUGGAAACGUCGAGAUCCUGCCGGGUGGAUCAGCCCGGCGGCCAGCAUUUGGCUCAGUGUUCAUUCUCACCGAAUAUCAAAGAGGAAAGCGCGUAUUGCCUUUAUGAGUCUGACAAAUGUCCUAAAGGAGCAACGGUGGAUGACGUUUCCUACUCGACUGCAUCGUGCCCGGUUACCGGCAGCACUUUGCCAGUCCCCGGCUACUUCCGCCUGUCUCAGACAUACGCGUCCUCCAGGCUGUACCAUGAUGUCCAGCCAAACGUGAAUCACUUUACUCUGCAACGACCUGCCCGUCUCGACAGCCAGCCCUCCCAGCCCCAGACUGCUGCUGCGGAGCCGGAGCGCAGGGAGAGCCACGAGGAGGCGCCUGUCCCGGCGCCCUGCGCCCCGGCCAGGGAGGCGGACAACCGCCUCUCCUCCGAGACCUCAUCCUCCCCUGAGCCCGCUGAGAGCUGCAGCGUGGGCUGUCCAGAGAAACCAGUCAAAGGAGAUGGAAAAAUGCAAAGUACGGCCAACUGGCUCACAGCUAAGAGUGGCCGAAAAAAGCGUUGCCCCUAUACCAAGCACCAGACUCUGGAGCUGGAGAAGGAGUUUCUCUUCAACAUGUACUUGACAAGAGAGCGUCGUCUGGAGAUCAGCCGCGGUGUGAACCUCACUGACAGGCAAGUCAAAAUCUGGUUCCAAAACAGGAGGAUGAAACUGAAAAAAAUGAGCCGAGAGAAUAGGAUCCGAGAGCUCUCCAACAACUUCAGUUUCUCAUGACACUGUCUGCGUCUUUGGCGCCCUCCACCAUCCACGACAAGGGCGCCUGUGCCCCCCCCCUGCCCCCUCCCAACUGUGAGAACGUCCAUGGAAAAAUAGGACCCUACUGCUAACUUAUUGAUUGUUGUUCUUUCAUAUUUUCACGUCCGUUUAAUUUGGCCGUGAAUAUGUAUUUAUAAAUAGCUGCAUUUGUAACGUUGAUCCAUUGUGUUGAAGAUGUUCAUAAUGUGACCACAAUGGUUCAGAGCUUCAGGCUUGUAUAUAUUGUAUAGUCACCAUGAGUGGAUUUUGCAUGCAGGACUAACCCUUGGGGAUACUUGUUUUACAGUUACAUGUAGAUCUGUAUGUGACAGCUAAGGAGAACAGGAGGUCUGAAGAAUAUUUGCACAUUUUUUUCUGGUCAAAAUAAUAAAACCAUCCCUGCAACUGCA